GUGUAACGUAUGGUGUGAACGGUAUGAAGUUUUAUGCGAAGAAGGUUAAUUGAUCAGUAUAUUGUGGGUCUGCUCGCGGUUUUGGAAUAGCGCGUAGUCACCGAAAAUGUCUAGUUCGAAAAAUGAAUCGAAGUGGAAUGAGGUGGCAUUGCGAAUUGUUAUUAAUUCGGUCGCGCAUCCAAUGGAAUACGCCAAAGUGUUAAUUCAGAUUGGACAUGAACCAUUUCCACCAUAUGCUACAACAACGCUAUUUGGAAGACCGGCUCUUGCUUUGCCAAAUGUCUUCAAGUACAUUGCCUACAUUAAAAGUGUGGAUGGAUUUGUGGGUUGUUAUAGAGGAUUGGGCCCAAAACUUUGUGCCUAUACUAUAAAUAACAUCACAUAUCAGAAAGUACAUGAGCAAAUAACAUUCGAAAAUGAUUCAGGUGCCGAAACAGAUGAAGAGACAGCAGAACGUAGAAGUCGAAUAUGUGUAAACAACAUUACUCGGGAUAUAAUAUGCCGUACUGCCGCAAUCGUUGCCAGCCAGCCGUUCAAUGUUAUAGCAGUUCGUAUGAUGGCAGAGUUUGUUGGAGGUGAAAAUAAAUAUCGUGGGAUAUUUAGUUCAAUUAAAGAGAUCUUCCACGAAAAUGGAAUUCUGGGGUUCUUCAGUGGAGUUGUACCUAGGAUACUAGGAGAAGUAACAUCUUUAUUUAUUGCUAGUUCCAUGACAUUUGUUGUAAAUUCCUAUCUUGUGGAUGACCAGGAAUUAAAGAAGUUCAGUGCAGCAUUUAUGACUUUUCUUGCAUCCGCCAUCACAUACCCAUUCCAAGUGGUAUCAAACUGUAUGGUUGUUAAUAAUUCUGGACUGAUUGCAGGAAAACCUCCACAAAUGCCACUAUAUACAUCAUGGCUUGAUUGCUGGUCACAUCUCUCACGUACCAACCAACUUAAGCGUGGUUCUAGCAUACUGUAUCGUUACUACACAGGGCCACAAAUUGUCAUUCAAGGUCGCUGUGUUGCUGUUAACAAAAAGGACUUCCUACAUAGUAAUUCUUAAACUCUGGUUCAGAAAAGGUGUGUAUGUAUAAACAUGUGCAUAUGUGGGUAUGUUUCCUUAACUCCUGAAAGUUGGUAAUGAAAAGGUCUGUAGGGCCCAUGUACAAAUGUGUGCAUAUGUGAAUACUUUUCUUGUUAUUCUGAAGGCAUAACUGAAUUUAGAUAGUUUCUGCACAUCAGUAAUGGGUAAAGGGGCGAGGUAGUGGCUUGCUAAGGGCUGGAUGACCAAGAGGUCGGAGUUCGAGUCCCAGUAGGGUCAAGAAUUUUGUCUAUGU